AUGGCGGAGCAAGAACCAGAAAACGCCAUUACUGAGUCUGUACAACUCGAGAUUCCGACUGGGCGAGUUAAAAGGAUCAUGAAGCUAGACAAGGACAUCAACAAGGUUAACUCGGAAGCCCUAUUUCUCAUCACGCAUGCCACGGAGCUUUUUCUACAAUCUCUUGCAGUGAAAUCGGCCGGUGUGGCAUUGGAGAAGAAGAGAAAAACCAUAAAGCUUGAGCAUUUGCGAGUCGCGGUGAAAAGGCAUCAGCCAACGAGUGAUUUUCUUCUCGAUUCUCUCCCGAUGCCUGCUCAGUCGUUGGAUCAACAGAAAGAUCGGGCUAAAUCACGGUCCAAUAAGAAGCCCGUUCCUGUUGGUGCGCGUAGGAUUGAUGCUUUCUUUCAGAAGUUCACUUAG